AUGGCUGAGGGAAAGAAGGAUGCCGUGGUGUUGCCAUUUUACUAUAGCCAUGUGUGGAAGAAUGUGCUUCUACUGGCUCUGAGCGCUGUUUGCGCGCCUCUCUCGGCAGCGCUGGUGUUGGUUGGUCUUGCAGUGUCGAAAGUCCAUGGGCAGCGCAACGCGACCUUUUCCAAGGAGGAUAAGCAACAUGUUGCUGCUGCACGAAGACGGAAAACUAUUCUUGUCACGGGGGUGUCGAUGACCAAGGGCCUCACUAUUGCGCGCAAUUUGUCUCAGCAUACACCGCACCGCAUCAUUGGCGCCGACAUCUCUGCUUUAUCGCCAGGUCGCUUCUCCAGCGCUAUUGCGAGGUACUACCGUCUGGACACACCGAGUGGCGACGAUGCGGACCCGUAUAUUGACUCCAUUCUCUCAAUCAUUCAGCGCGAGAAAGUGGACCUAUGGAUCAGCUGCUCCAGUGUCGUUGCAGCCGUAGAAGACGGUCAAGUCGUCCGCUUAGCAGAGAAGCAAGCAAAAGAACAAGGCCGCCAGUUCGAAGCCAUCCAAUUCAGGGAAGAUGUUGUUGAGAAGUUCCACGAGAAGGACAAAUUCAUCGAUUACAUCGAAUCCCUUGGUCUGCCGAUCCCGGAAUCGCACCGCUGCACUCAUCCAGGCGAAGCCCUCGAUGUGCUCAUGGGAGAGCUUCAUAGAACGCCAACGAAAUCUGGAAGACCGGUACCCAGGCGACGAUUCAUCAUGAAACCCAUUGGAGUGGACGACAAGGCUCGGAACAACAUGAUGACCCUCCUGCCCUUUAGUACUCCAGAUGCAACAGCCCAAUACAUCCACUCGCUCAACAUCAGCAAAGAAAACCCCUUCCAGCUCCAGCAAUUCAUCAAAGGGAACGAAUAUUGCACACACGCCCUCGUCAUCGGCGGCAAAGUAAAAGCCUUCACCAGCUGCCCCAGCUUAGAACUCCUCAUGCACUACGAACCGCUGCCAGCCUCCUCCCCCCUCAGUAAGAAGAUGCUCGAAUUCACCGAGCGCGUGUGCAAGGACGGCGGCGAAACCUUUACGGGCCAUUUGAGUUUCGACUUCUUAGUCGAGAAUGAUGAUAAGGGUGCGGCUGCAAAAUUCUACCCUAUCGAAUCCAACCCCCGCGCUCACACGGCAGUCGUACUGUUCGAGCAAACUCCCGAGAUGGCAGAAGCAUACCUCUCCAUAUUCGACAGCCCUAACCCCUUGACCUCCAAAAACAAGUCUGGUCCUGUUUUCCCUCGCACCCCGACGUACAGUUACUACUGGAUCGGACAUGACCUGGUAUCUUUCGUCAUCUUACCACUUCUCGAUUUGUUGUUCGGCGUCACGACGCUACAGAAUGCGUUUAACGAUCUAGCGACCUUUUGGAGUCAUGUUGUAGGCUGGAAGGAUGGAACGUACUUGUUUGAAGACCCGGUGCCGUUUUUUGUUUUGUAUCACCUAUAUUGGCCAGCGAAGUUUUUGGAAGCGUUGAGGAGGGGGAAAGGGUGGAGUCGGAUUAACGUUAGUACUACGAAGAUGUUUGAGGGGUGA